AUGGUUGUUAUACUUUUCAAUGAAAAUGAAGAUUAUGAUCGGAAGAAGAAAGACGAAGCUUAUGAUCGGAAGAAAGUCGAAGAUGAAGCCCAAGUCAAAACACAGAUGAUGAGAAUGGUGAUCGAAUAUCGUCAAGAGAAGGGUACUUUUGUAAUCAAAUAUAAUAAGAGACAAAGAGAAGAUGAAGAUUCUAGAAAUAAUAAACGUAGCAAGUAUGGUGGAUGGGUGAAGGAAAAGUUACUCGGAAGGGGAGGUUUUGGAUGUGUUAACUUGGUUAAGUUUAAAGAACCUCGACCACCGCACUAUAAAGAUUUGCCUGAGCUUUUGGCAGUAAAAUCUGCACUAAAUAAUACUUGUUCAAAGGAUCUAGUUAGGGAGAUGAAAGUGUAUGAGUCUCUUGGUUCCAGUCCUUUUAUUGUUAAGUGCUACGGUCAAUUAGAUAAUUAUAAUAAAUGGGAGGUAAAUAUGGCGAUGGAGUAUGCAUCAGGUGGGUCCUUGGCUAGUGCGAUCGAGAGUAAGAAUAAUGGAGAUGGAUUGAGUGAGUGGGAAGUGAAGGCACACACUUGCUCCAUUCUUAAAGGGCUUGAGUUUAUUCAUGGAAAGGGUUUGGUGCAUUGUGAUUUGAAACCCGCAAACAUUCUACUGGUGGCUGAUGAUGAUGAUAAUAGUCCUUAUAGCGUCGAUGGUUUUGUGGCGAAGAUUGCUGAUUUUGGUCUGGCUAAGACUAGUAGUGUUGGGAGUAAUAAUGGUGAUGAUGAGUGCAUGAGGAGGUCAAAGGUUGGAGGAACUCUGUAUUAUCUUUCUCCCGAAGCUUUAUUAGAAAAUACUCAAGAAGAGGCGAGUGAUAUUUGGGCAGUUGGGUGUGUGGUUUUGCAAAUGUUGACUGGACUAGUGCUGCCGUGGAACCCUAAUAAUAGACCUUCUGCUCACAUGUUACUAAACCAUCCCUUUCUUCUCUCAGAAGAUCACCAAGAAAGUGAUCAACAAAUAAAUCACAAUGAUAUUGACGCUGAUGAAGAUCAUGCUAAUGAUGGUGAUGGUGAUAGUGAUGGUGAUGGUGAUGGUGAAGACUCUGAACACGUCGACGAUGGUGAUAAUGAUGAUGGUGAUGAUGAUGAAGAAGAAUACGAGGACGACGAUGAUGAUGAACAACCUCCCUUUUAUGAUUCUUGGUUUAGCAGUAGUCCCUGA